AGCAGAAGCAUCGUAUUGGCGAGCACGCAGUCUGCUUCAACUUCACGCCGAGAGAAAAACAUAUCAGGUUUCUACAAGAGCUGCGGUCACACGCCCCGACAGAAUCAUUGGAGAUCAGAGCAGCGUGAGAGCCUCAUCUGGCCCAGUGAGCUGCACAGAGACGCAGCUUGUGGCAUGAGGUGAUCGCCCCGCCGGUCCAGCCAAGUCUUUCCCCACCUGUGGACAUGGGAUUGUGCGACAGCGUGAGGGGUCAUAGGUCGCGGGGCGGCGCUGCUGCGCUCGUGGCCGCCGCAGGGGUAUUGCUGCUGCGGCUCAGCCUGGCCCAGUCCGUCCCGCCGCCGACCGCCUGUCCCGCGGCCGCGGCCCCCGGGGGCCUCACCCAGCCCGAGUACCAGAAGACGGCAAAGGAGGACGGCAGUGUGGGCUUCAUGGCAUCUCUGGUCCAGUCCUUCCUCCGCACGGUGCAGCCUAAUCCAUUUCCUGAAGAUCUGAUCCUGGAAAUAGCCAAUAAUUUAAAAAGGCAGUUAAAUCAAGAAUUCACCAAAGAACUCCUUGUGUACGAAGUGGGGUUCCUGGUGUGUGCAGCCAUCGGCGUCCUGUACAUCGUCCUGAUGCCCGUGACUGGUUUCUUCUUGGCGUGCUGUCGCUGCUGUGGCAACUGUGGUGGGAAGAUGUACCAGAAACAGACGCCCUCCCUUAACUGUCACAGAGUAACUCUCUACUGGACUGCAUUUGUCACCACAGUCAUCAUCCUGGCUGGGAACAUAUGCAUGUUCAAAAGUAAUGAAGCCCUCAAAGUGAGUGUUGAGCAGAGUCAAGAGGAGCUCAACAGAACUGUAGAGAACAUCCAGUCCUUCCUCUCCAUUGUGCCUCAGCAAAUCCACUACGUGGUGAAUGAGAGCCAGGGAACCGUGCAGAACGUGAGCAGAAACCUAGAUGGCAUUGGACCUCAGUUGGGAAACGAGAUCCAGGAUCGCUUCAGAGGAACCGUGAACCCAGCGCUGCACUCGGUUACAAUGCUGGACCGAGAGACUGUAAACAUCAGUCUGGAACUGAACCACCUAAACUCAUCUGUGGUCCAGCUGCAGUCCAGCGUGAACCGCCUCCAGGCCAACCUCACUGCUGUUAAAAAUCAAAUCAAUAACACUUUUUCCGACCCAAACUGCAUGUUGUGUAAGGACCUGCAGCCGGAGCUACAGAAGCUCACACUGGACACCACCAUCACUGUUCCCAGUUUGAAAGAGUUCCAGUCGGCAGUGGAUGAACUCAACAAAACUGAUCUCAAAUCCAAAAUCAAGGAGGUGAAGGGUUUCUUUGACAGCAUCCCCCCGAGGGUGACCAAUGAGACCAAGGAUAUAGUUCAAAGAACUAAGCAGCUGUUGGGUAACAUAGAAACACAGAUCUCUCAGGUUACCAAGGACCUCCCUUUAUCUAAAUUCACCAAUGUGUCGGAGAUACUGAACCAGCUGCAGAGAGACAUCGGCAGAAUCACACCAGAGGUCCAGAGAUUUGAGCAUAUUAGGUGGGGGGUUUGUGUGGCCGUGUGCAGCGUGGUCCUCCUGGUGGUGGUGUGUAACUUCCUGGGUCUGGUCCUGGGCCCUCUGGGUCUGACCCCCAAAGCAAACCCCUCCGCGCGCUCCGGCACGUCGGAUUGGGGAGGAACCUUCCUCAUGAUCGGUGCAGGUUUCAGCUUCCUCUUCUCGUGGCUCUUCAUGAUAGCGGUGCUGCUGCUGUUCCUGGUGGGCGGGAACGUUUUCACUCUGCUCUGUCAGCCCUGGGGCGACAAACAACUGCUAAAGUUCAUCGAUACUCCAGGUCUCAUUCCAGAGUUGAAUAUCGGUGCAACUUUGGGAUUAAAAAGCAACAUCAGUAUUUCUGGUAUCUACAGAGACUGUAAGAAAAACCAGCCUCUGUGGACAACGCUCCACCUGUAUGAGCUCAUAAACCUCGACGACCUGCUCAAUGUCACUAAAUACACAGAUGAGAUUAAGCAGCACUUUGAGAAUACAGACAUCUCUCUGUCCACCAUCAAUCUCUUGAGCCCUGAAGUUAAAAACCAGCUCAGAAGCUUCUCCAACAAGGCUACAAAAAUCGACGCCUCCGCUUUCAUGCAGCAGAUGAACAACAUUUCCAGAAUCAAUCUGAAUGAAACAGCAAAUAAACUUGAUCAGCUUGCUGUUUUUCAAACAAACAGUGAUAGUCAAAACCAGCUCAGAAAGGAGGCCCGGGACCUGAGGCAGAUCCAGACGGACAUAGAUACGAUCAUCAUGCCACAACUGGAAAACCUGAACUCAAGCAUCCAGAGCCUCGGAUCCACGGCGGAAAAAAUCAAUGGGACGAUACAGGAGGUGCUGAGCAACGUUGGAGCAGCACAAGACUUCCUCAACACAAAUACGACACAGAUCGUUAAGACCGAGAGCAGAACCUUUUUGGACUGUCAGCUGGGUUACUUCAUUAACUAUGUUGACUGGGCCAAUGUUACGAUCACACAGCAGGUGGGCCGCUGUGGGCCGGUGGCGGGAGCCGUGGACUCGAUUGAGAUUAUCCUUUGCUCAUACAUAGUGGAGUCUCUGAAUGCGUUCUGGUUCAGUCUGGGCUGGUGUAUGAUCUUCUUCAUCCCCAGCAUCAUCUUUUCUAUCAAACUGUCCAAGUACUACAGGAGAAUGAAGUAUUCCGAUGAAUACGAUGACCACUUAAUUAUGAGCCAGAUCCCUCGGGCGCAGAUGAAAUUCACCUGAGAGGACAGCAUACGCCGUUGAAUGACGCACAGACACAUAUUUAGAAACACCUUUGAAAUUCAAAUUUUUACCAUAAACAAAGUGACUGCAGUUGUCGUACACGCAUCUUUGAAUUUACCUCACAGGACAUUUGGGGAUCGGCAGGGAAUAAGGUUCUCGAUGAGACCUAUUAUAUAGGCAUUAAUGUUUUGUACGUACUGAAUGUAUGAACUGAGCUUCUGCUGGAUUUCAAACUGUGAAUCAAUCAUAUUUUUUACAUUAAUGUGCAGUUAUGUUCUCUCACAGAAUACAGCAUCGCGUUAACUGUGCCAAUGGACUGUUUAACAGAACGUUCCAGCCUCUUUCUGUCCGCUGCUGAUAACAGUGGGACACUUUUUAAUUCAAUUUUGAAUAAUAUUUGCCCUAAUAUUGGAAAUUUAUACCCACACUUUUAAAUGGAUCGGAUUGUGUGACUGCGUUAAUGCCAUUUGACUGAUGCCAUUGAUGAAUCCAUAAUGAGCAUUUCUGUACUUUGUACUGUUUUGUCCUUAGUUGUAGAUUGGAUUCUAUAUUUCUGUUACACUGCACUUAGUUACACCAGAUAUUAUUUUAAUAUUAUUAUUAUUAUUAUACCAGAUGUUGUGAAAACUACUGUAAGUAAAUUGACACUGAUCAACAAA